UAUUUCCUCACUAGGUCCCUUCCGGAGCACAGUGCUGCUCAGCUGGUGUGAACGGCAGUCGUGGCUCCGGCAGCAGUGAGGAGACCAUGGCUUUCUACCGUGCCCAGCCUUCCUAUCUGUAUCCAGCUGUGCCCUUUACUGGGGAAAUCCAAGGAGGCCUGCAGGAUGGACUUCAGAUCACGGUCAACGGCUGUGUGCACCCCGGCGCCAGCAGGUUUGCUGUGAACCUGCAGGCUGGCUUCAACGAGAAUAACAUCGCCUUCCACUUCAACCCGCGGUUUGAGCUGGGCGGGUAUGUGGUCUGCAACACGAAGCAGAACGGCCAGUGGGGGGCGGAAGAGAGGAAGAUGAGCAUGCCCUUCCAGAAGGGGGUGCCGUUCGAGCUGUGCCUGCUGGUGCAGAGCUCCCACUUCACGGUGACGGUGAACGGGAUCUUCUUUGUGCAGUACCCACACCGGGUGCCCUUCACCAGCGUGAAUGCCAUCGCUGUCACUGGCUCUGUGCAGCUGUUCUACAUCACCUUCAAGAACCCCCACGUGGCCCCUGCCCAGCCUGUCUUCUCCACGAAGCAGCCCUCCCAGCGGCUCCGUUUCCCCAAGUCUCAGGGGCGCAAACCCAAACCUUCAGGCAGUGGCCAUGCCAACCUGAACCCUGUUACUCCGACAGUCUUGCCCCCCAUGGCACAGAGUCCUCAGAUGUUCCCUACUCCUGGAAUCCCACCAACAAUGUACCCCAGCCCAACCUAUCCCAUGCCUUACUUCAGCAGUAUCCCAGGUGGGCUGUACCCAUCCAAAUCCAUCAUUGUGGUGGGUACCAUCUUGCCCAAUGCCAAGAGGUUCCACAUCAACCUGCGCUCGGGAAGCGACAUCGCCUUCCACCUGAACCCCCGAUUUGACGAGAACGCCGUGGUCCGUAACACCCAGGUCAGGGGCUCGUGGGGGUCCGAGGAGCGACAGCUACUGCGGCCUAUGCCCUUCCGCAGGGGCCAGAGCAUGUCGGUGUGGAUCAUGUGUGACAGCUACUGCUUCAAGGUGGCUGUGGACGGUCAGCACCUGUUGGAGUACAACCACCGCCUCAAGAACCUGGCGGCCAUCAACAACCUGGAGGUGAAUGGUGAUGUCCAGCUGACCCACGUGCAGGCCUAGACAGGCCCCUGGCGACGAGGGCUGGGACAUGCAUGCCGCUGUCUGGGCUGCCUCACUGCCACCUCCUGCCCCCUGCCUGCCCGUCCAAGGCCCUGCUGCUGUGGAAUACUGGCCUUGGCUAGACUGACUUCUGGCCAUGGUCAGCUGGUCUGGGAAGAAGGGUGUAGCUGCGGGGAGAAGGCAGGUGGAGUCCCCCUACCCCAACCCUGCCCAACCACCUGUAAGGAGGGACCUGGCAAGCCUCCCAUCAGGCCACUUUCUCCUGUCACCCAUUCAGCUGCACUGCCAUCCCAGGCCACCAGCUGUCUGCCCCAUGGCCUCCCUGUCCUCUGGCCUUUUGCCUUAAUCCCUCCUCUUGCCCCACAACAUCCUGCAGGCCUGCCGUGGACCACAGCUUUCUCAGGAGUGGACUUUUUCUCUCUCCUGUGUACUGGAAAUAAAUGUGCUUGUUGGAGCAUAAUGCAAAGGGA